CCAUGUUCCAUCACCUCCCCCACUACACAAGGGGAGGGGUGGUUGCUGGGCAGGCUUUCUUUCAAGCACAUUGUCUAACGCUGCAGUCAUGGAAUUUGAUUUUGAUGUGCACAAGAUUUUCCUGGAGCCAAUUACAAAACUGGACAGCAGCCUUAUUCCUUCUCGACGACCUCUUAUCGCAAGCUCAGAGGCACAGAAACAGAUUAUGACUGUCAUAGAUGAGAUUGGAAAGGCAUCGGCAAAGGCCCAGAGGCUACCUGCUCCCAUAACCAGUGCCUCCCGAAUGCAGACAAACAAGCAUCACCUGUAUAUAUUAAAGGACUGCACCCCAAAAACGGCAGGCAGAGGAGCUGUGAUUGGUUUUCUGAAGGUUGGAUGCAAGAAACUCUUUGUUCUAGACCAGAAAGGAUCCCACAUAGAAGCAGAACCACUGUGUAUAUUAGACUUCUACAUCCAUGAAACACUUCAACGUCAUGGAUUUGGGAAAGAACUGUUUACCUUUAUGCUCAAGAAUGAACAAGUUGAUGUCCACCAUCUUGCCAUUGACCGCCCAUCCGAAAAGUUUCUUUCCUUCCUAAGGAAGCAUUUCAACCUUUGGUCCACAAUCCCACAGGUUAAUAACUUUGUGGUGUUUGAUGGCUUCUUCAGAGACUGGAAAGCUUCUGUGAAGAAAACACCAGCCAAACGCACAGAGGGAGAAAUCAAACCAUAUUCUCUGACUGAUAGAGACUUUCUUAAACAAGAGGAAGGGCUUCCCUGGCCUUUUAGCCAAUCACAGUUAAACCUUAAUCGUGCAAGUAGCCUUGGUUCCUCUCCCACCCGGGCAUGCUCGCGCCAUUCACCAGGAGAGGAGGAUUUUGUGAAAUCCCUCAGGAACUGUCGCCCUCAUUCCCUGCACAGAACGGCCAAUAGUGAACAAGAAGAUCACUCUCAAAGGAGGCGGACAAGUGCAAUGAAUCUCUCCCGUGGUCUCAUGGCUCAGAAAAAUGGUUAUAGCCGGUAUUCGUCCCCACCGCCUCCUCUCCUGGCUCAGGAGUCAUAUGCAGCAGAGCAAAUUAAAGAACAACAAAGCAAAACAGACAAUAGUGCCCACUGGGGGAGAACAGAGGACAGGCCGAACAGGACAAGCAGUCAACAUCAAAAUGAGUCACCUAAACAGCUUGUUCGGGAUUUACAUACAGGACUCACAGUGGGAAGAACAAUGAGCCACAAACAGAGCGUGCACUUCACUGCAAAUGCCACUAAAUCCCCAUGGUGCGAUGGCCCAUCCUACACAGUAUUGGGAACAGUGGCCAAUGCGGCAUGGGUUAGGAGGAAACAGGAGCUACGAAGUACACGUCCAUGGUGAUGAUGCCUAAUGGUAUCAUGGGUGUCAAAAGAGGAAUAGGGUAGUGUGGAAAGCUAUUGGAUGUAAAAGCAAGAUAGGAAUUCAGCUAAAAGGCACAUAGACACUUUAUUACUUUGUUAAAUGCACAGACAUUUCUAUGGUUGAAUAAAUAUUUUUUAACAAA